GGUUACGUGGUGACGUUAUUUCUAUAUGAGCGCGAGCGGCGGGAGCUUGGGUCUUUUUACCGCCAGUCGCGCGGCACCUCCUCCUCGCUCCUGAGUCACUGCGAGCCCCGGUUCGGCGCAGGCUUUCUGAGGUCUGAGAACAUGGCAGACAUUGACAACAAAGAACAGGCUGAACUUGACCAACAGGAUAUGGAAGAUGUUGAAGAAGUGGAAGAAGAAGAAACUGGCGAGGAUGCCAACAGUAAAGCUCGACAGCUGACUGUACAGAUGAUGCAAAAUCCUCAGAUUCUUGCAGCCCUUCAGGAAAGACUUGAUGGUCUGGUAGGAACAUCUACAGGAUAUAUAGAAAGCUUGCCUAAGGUAGUUAAGAGACGGGUGAAUGCGCUCAAGAACCUUCAAGUUAAGUGUGCACAGAUAGAAGCAAAGUUCUACGAGGAAGUUCAUGAGCUGGAAAGAAAGUAUGCUGCUCUCUAUCAACCUUUGUUCGAUAAGCGAAGUGAAAUCAUCAAUGCAAUUUAUGAACCUACAGAGGAAGAAUGUGAAUGGAAAGCAGAUGCUGAAGAAGAAAUUUCAGAGGAAAUGAAAGAGAAGGCCAAGCUUGAAGAGGAGAAAAAAGAUGAAGAAAAAGAAGACCCUAAAGGAAUUCCUGAAUUUUGGCUGACAGUAUUUAAGAAUGUUGACUUGCUUAGUGAUAUGGUUCAGGAACAUGAUGAACCUAUCUUGAAACACUUAAAAGAUAUUAAAGUGAAGUUCUCAGAAGCCGGUCAGCCUAUGAGUUUCACGUUAGAAUUUCACUUCGAAUCAAAUGACUUCUUCACAAAUGAAGUGUUGACAAAGUCAUACAGAAUGAGAUCAGAACCAGAUGAUUCUGAUCCCUUCUCCUUUGAUGGACCAGAAAUUAUGGGUUGUACAGGGUGCCAAAUAGACUGGAAAAAAGGAAAAAAUGUUACUUUGAAAACCAUCAAAAAGAAGCAGAAACACAAGGGACGUGGGACAGUUAGAACAGUGACAAAAACUGUCUCCAAUGAUUCUUUCUUCAAUUUCUUUAGUCCCCCUGAAGUUCCUGAAAGUGGAGACCUGGAUGAUGAUGCUGAAGCAAUCCUUGCUGCAGAUUUUGAAAUCGGCCACUUUUUACGUGAGCGUAUAGUCCCACGAUCAGUAUUGUACUUUACAGGGGAAGCUAUUGAAGAUGAUGAUGAUGAUUAUGAUGAAGAAGGUGAGGAGGCAGAUGAUGAGGAAGGGGAGGAAGAAGCAGACGAAGAAAAUGAUCCAGAUUAUGACCCGAAGAAGGAUCAAAACCCAGCAGAAUGCAAGCAGCAGUGAAGCAGUGUGUAUGUGGCCUUGAGGAUUACCUGCACUGUAAUAGCCUAAACACAACUAUUAGUUACUUACAGCCUUAUGUUUUGUAUCUUCUUGGUAGAAUUAAGUAAACAACAAUUUGUUAAAAUGAAGUCAAACACAUAAGUACCAGUUUAAAAUGUAGGUUCAUUCUACCUAGCAUUUUUAAUAGUAUAAUUUUCUGCCAAUAUGUAGAAUGCAGUAAAUCCCCUAAAGCAUGAAUGUUAAUUCAUUGCUACAUAGUUUGGUUCUUGUGAAGUCUUUCGUCGUGUAGCUAUUAGACUGCAGCUAUGAAGAUGAUCAGAACUGUUAACUGAGACCAAUAUUUGUUUAGAGAAAAUCCUCUCCUGAAGAACCAACCAAAGUAUUUUCAGCCCAGUAGUUGAAUGGGUUUGUCUGCUUGCACUAGCUGUGCCUUCAUUACCUUGUUAGAGAAAUGGCAGUGACUUGUACUAACUAGGAGAUGAUGCAUUUCUGGAUUUGACUACUUCAGAGGACUAGUAUAAUUCAUUUAACUUCCAACAAGACCACAUUAAAUGUUCAUAACUGUCUGCUUGUUUAUGCUAUGGGUUUUGUAUUUUAUGUGACAGUGAUCUACAAAAGAAACCUAGUAAUCAUAUUAAGGUUAUUGUUUACCACUGGGGUGUGAAUAAAACCUAGUAUUUUCAGAA